CAAAUACGAUCAAUCGUACGACCGAAAAAUAAAUAUGCAAUCUAAUGAGUAAUGAUAACAAGCCAUCAAUCAAUCAAGAGUCUAUCAAAAGAAUUAUCUAAGAGUGUAACUGAAACUUUUUCACCUGAUCGGGUACAAAAGAUUCUCGUUGAGCUUGGAUUUGGUGAAGAUAACGUAGCAUCAUGGAAUGAACCCAUUGAAGUCCCUUUUGGGGUUUCUUCAACUCUUUUUAUAGCCCGUGUUGCCAUUAUUUACGGUCUUCCAUUUCGACAUAUUGACCUUUACCCCGAACUUGAUUAUAUUCAAACACAUGGUGGAGAAAUCCCGAAAUUUGUGAAUAAAAAAAUUCAGUCAUUGAGCACAAAGCAAAUUUUGGGUGGAGAACCUCGAAACACCAUACCUGAAAACAUAUUCAUAUAUGAAUACAUAUAUAAACCCGAAGAGCAAGCGCUCAAUGUGGUUAGUCAAAUAAUGGACAAGUUUGGUCAUACAAAAAAAUUUCUCUAUCGCGGAAUCAAUACUCAUGAUAUUAGAGAAACUCUUUUAGAAGGGUUUAUGGAGGUAAGAGGUCGGGUUUCCAUGAGAAAAGAUUUUGGGGGUGGACUAUAUGCCACUCCAGAUAUUGAAUAUGCCAUUAAAUACGCUGGAAGGAAUGGUUCACUCCUAGUUUUUGACUGGUCAGACCUCGAUAGAAAUCUUACAUAUAAAAUUUUAGAUGAUUUAGAAGUAUGGAAAGCGACAGUAAAAGGCUUUAUUUGCCUAGGGAACAACAAUAAACCGUUACCUCCACAACAUUAUGAAGACAUUAUUCAAGGUCCGAUUUCCUCCAAUUAUGAUGCUAUCAGUCAUUGCCAUGAACCAGUACCUUUAGAUACUGAACAAGUUGUUGGAAAAACUGAUUUAGGCAUUAAGGCUUUUGCCAAUCGUUUUUUUGCCAUAGUAUAUUUGAGAUAA